UUUAAAUAAUGGUCAGGACCACGUUUGGGAGGUUGGGCUGCCUCGUCGUUAUUGUCGUGGCACUUGCCGCCGCUGUGAAUACCAAUUCUACUACUGCACAAGCUGACUCCCAGCAGCAGCCAAUCAAUGAGGCGAAGAAGGAGACGAGCCAAACCGAGCUGAAUUUGAAAACUCUUGAUAAAGAGUUGUUCAAACGACUUUUCGCGAAGCGAAGGAAGGAGCAUUUGCAGGCCGUGAAGACGCUGCAAAAAAUGGACAGCUACGAGCGCCAAUACAAGAUGAUCGACAUGCUGGCGGAGAAGAUGUUCGACGUGAUCGACUCGAAAAAAGUUCUUCUGGAAAAUUUGACGGAUUUGGAGCUGAAGAAUGUGUCGUUCGCACCACAAUCUAACAGCAACACGGACGUCGCGGAUGCCGUAUCGAAUGUUUUGGAGAACGUUGCCCUCUUCGGCGACGUGCUGCUGAGCCUGCCGGACGUCACUCGGAGAGUUGUGCGCAAGCAGCCCAAAUGGAACGAGACGAUCAGGUGGUCGUUCGGGUUUCUGAACAGGACCCGAGAUCUGCUCGAUAAGCCGACCCUCGAGAUGAUAGCGCUGGCGAUGCGAGAGCUGAACGGCUCCAAGCGCGAGGCCAGCCACUUGCAGCCAAACAGGAUUCCGAGCGCGAGGCCGACGAACCAGCCAAAAAGCGCGCAGAUGGCCCGGAAAGAGAAGCGCAAGAGGGGCCCGCGGCUCGUCAACGUGGAGCUGUGACCGCUCGUGUUUUCGACUGUAACGAUACAAUGUACGCACUUGCCAAAAUACACAAAUACAUACGU